AUGGAGUCUGGCUAUCUUCUUGAUUCAAAGAAUGAAGAGGAGAACAGCGCUUUGCACGAGGCGCUGAAAGGAGGAGAUGAUGCCCAAAUCAUGGAAAUGUUAAUCACAGCUGAUGCAGAGCUCGCAGGCAUUUGCAACAACAAAGGCGAGUCUCCCCUCUUCACAGCAGCCACCUAUGGCCGUUGGAAUUCACUCAAACUGUUAUUGUUAAUUAACAGAGAUCCUCGUUGCUACGCAAGAUUUGACGGCCAGACAUGCUUGCACCACGCCUUGUUCUAUCAGAAAGAAGAGGCAGCUAGGACACUAAUAAAAAAAGCCCCUCGGCUCUGCAAACUGGCGGAUUACUUUUUGGGGAGGACACCACUGCAUAUGGCAGCCUUAUAUGGGUGUAGCAAGAGUAUUGUUCAUAAGCUGUUGCAGUGUGAUACUUCUUCUGCGUUUACAAAGGAUAAAAUCAAACAACAGACUGCACUUCACUUAGCAGCACAGCAAGGACACACGGAUAUUGUGAGAUGCAUACUCGGGUUUGCAGAAGACUGUGUUGAAAUAAGAGAUGAAGACGGUAAAACUGCUCUCCACUACGCUGUUGAAAAUGCUAAAAUUUGGUGGUUCCUCAGCCGCAAGAAUGGGAUCAUAGGAGUGGAGGCGGCAAUGGCAAACCAGACAAGAGAAACAUCAAAUCAAUUUCCAUGUGAUGAAAAAUAUUCGACAAAAAUCAACAGUCUUUCUGUAUUUGCCAUAUUGAUUGCAACGGUCACAUUUCAGGCGGCCUUCACCAUGCCAGCACAUGAUGACAAGGAGAAGAGGGCCUUGUCCGCCCAGAUUUAUUUCCAAGGUUUUGUAUUCUUCGAUUGGCUGGCAUUUUGCUUUUCAAUGGCAGCAGCAAUCCUUCUAGCCUACGCAACCUUUUUCCGUCGCCAUCGGAGUUUGGCAGCUGUCUUAUCAAUGGCACUCUACAGCAUGAUGAUUUCAUUUUCCUUGGCCAUAUUUCUACAGCUCAGGAAAGACAAUUAUAAGUUGGCAGUUUUCUUCUUUGGUGCAAUGUUUUUGUUGGCCCCCAUUGUCAUUAGUGUGAUACUUGCGGUGUUGCAUAAUGCCAUCGGUUUUCGAGUCUCCUAG